UGACAAUAUGAUGCAGACAUAAUAAAUCACAGUACUUUUGUACUUAAGUACAUUUUGAGGCAGAUACUUUUGUACUUUUACUCAGGUAAAAAUUUUAAGGAAGUACUUCUACUUUUACUUGAGUAAUAUUUUACCCUGGGUAUCUUUACUUUUACUCAAGUACACGAUUUGUGUAAUUCGUCCACCACUGCUUAUACAGUACUGUUUUUGAAAGGGCCCCAUUAGUGUUGUUUAUUCUAAGCCUAUUUGCGCUUACUUCACAUUAUAGACAAUACCAGGAUAAACUUUGAACGGGGGUAUCGAACACAUCAUGCACUGUUUUUUCUUAGAGUGUUCUGUACUUUUUCCUGUCAUUUAAUUUAUUACAUAACUUUUUAUGGGUUGUAACAAUAUGAUUUCUUCAUCUGUUUAAAUUUUUUUGAUAGUGUCUGGUUAAAAUUGUGUGUCAAUUGCUGCACUGGAACUGUUUAUUAACUAAAUAUACCCGUUUUCUGACACAUCUAACAUUAACAACAUAUUUUAUGAUUCUAUGAACUACAAUUGGUCAUGUAUACAAUUUUUUGUUUUCUUAGAUGACAGCGGACAUAUUCCAGUUUCAGAAAAAAAAUUGUCAAAACCUGUUCCACCCAAAUAUCAGCCAUUGCCCAAAACCGUCCCGCAAGACAAGGUACAACAAAUGACAAGAACUCUUGAUUUAUUCUCAGAUGACUCAUUACCAGAGACCUCACUGACAAAUGUGUCACCUCUACAUCAAGCAGUGUCAGAUCUACUCGUAAACGAGCCAGAGAACACAACUGAGGAAGCCACAAAAAACUAUCGCACAAAAGUGCUGCAGAAACUGCAGGAGCGAGAACUCCUUUCAAUGCAGCCACGGAUUUUGGCUGCUGUAGCUCCAAAUGUUGACACAGAUGAGGAGCUUCUUGAUGGACCAUGCCAGACAUUAGAAGCAUUUGUGCAAUUCGACGCAACACUAGAGAGCAGGGAAAAAAGAUGGGGCAGCUGCCUCGCUACCCGCCACACCUGCCUCGCUACCUGUCACACUUUUACGUGCCUGCCAGUCGACCCGUCACACCUGCCUCGCUACCCGUCACACUUUUACAUGCCUGCCAGUCGACCUGUCACACCUGCCUCGCUACCCGUCACACUUUUACGUGCCUGCCAGUCGACCCGUCACACCUGCCUCGCUACCCGUCACACUUUUACAUGCCUGCCAGUCGACCCGUCACACCUGCCUCGCUACCCGUCACACUUUUACGUCCCUGCCAGUGUACCCAUCCAACAGGGCUGA